ACGGCCGGUUGUGAUACAGCCUGGACUUCAGUUUAUUCAAGACAACUGUGAACUCGGAAAAACGAACUCCGACUGAGAAAAAUGUUUUGGAUGAUCAUCCAACUAGGAAUUCCAAAUCGGGCCUCCUUCCAGAGCUCCGACUUUCCGACCUGCAGAUCACUGACAUCGUGAUUUUACCUCGUUUUUUCCGAAUUCCCAGUUGUCUUGAACGCUGUAUUUCGGCAAGGCGGAUUCCCAGCAACUGUAUUUACGUCAGAUGCCCUAAUUUAUUAUAUUGCACUGAUCUGAAGAGGUGUGUUCUGUUCACAGAUCUACUGGAGGGAUGGAGACGCACAAUUUGUCCUGCGCCAUUUGCUUGGACCGCUUCAAAGUCCCAGUCACCAUCCCAUGCGGUCACACCUUCUGUCGAGACUGCAUCACAACUCACUGGGACACCAAGUCCAGGUCUGACAUCGGGCCGCAUUGCCCUAUCUGCAACGAGAAAUUCCCCACUAGACCCAUCCUAAAACGCAACGUGUCCCUGUCCGUUCUGGCUGAGGCCACAGCGAACAGUGCUGGUGCAUUCGGGAGAGACACUGUACCGGUUAUGAGGGGCGACAUGGCCAGAGCCACGCCCCUGAUUCUGUGUGACCGACACAAGAAGUCCCUGGUGUACUACUGCCGGAAGGACAACAUGUGUGUGUGCUGCGAGUGUGCCAUCUCCGAGUGUAAGAACCACGAGAAAGUGCUGGUGGAGGCUGAGAAGGAGAACCGAGAGUUACUACUGAGGAAGAAGAGUGUGGAGGUGGGAAUAUGUAUGGAGGAGACUGAGAGGAGCAUCACUGAGCUGACAGAGAACAUCACCAAAGCCAAGGUGACCCUGCAGCAGACCUCCCACUGGGUGAAUGCCAAGUUCUCCAUGCUGUUGAAGGUGCUAGCAGAGAAACAGGAGUCUACAGAGAACUUCAUUGAGCAGGAGAAGGAGGCUUCCCUCUCCCAGGUGGAGGCUAGGUUGGAGGAGCUACAGGAGAGGGCCAAGCAACUCGGGGAGCGCCAGAGCCAGAUCGCAACUCUUCGCAACCUGCCCGACAUCCAGCUAAUACAGGAGUCUCGGCUGGUGGAGGUCCCUCGUAUGAAGGACAUUCCAGUGGAUGUGACCCCUAACCUGCAGGAGAGGCUCAGCGGGGUGACAGACGUCCUCUCACGGAUCUCCAAGCUAGUAUCUGAGGACCUGGAGAAGGCUGUGUCUACAGCUGUGGGGCAGGACAAGCAAGGUUCUCCCCAGGAUAAGCGCCCUGUCCUGGCUGUGGUCCCCAGUCCUGCUGCUCCAUGUCACCCCACUGGGAAGGAGGGCCUCAGUGAAUACCGCUGCACCCUGACCUUUGACCCUCGCACGGCCAACGGUCACCUGCUCCUCUGCCAGGAGAACCUACGGGCGGAACACCUGACCUCUGGGCCGCGCCCUGUCCCAGCCCACGAGGCUCGCUUUGACCACACCUGGCAAGUGCUCUGCUUCCAGGGCUUCAAACACGGAAAGCACUACUGGGAGCUGGAGUUGUCCAAGCCAUGGGCCUACCUGGGGGUGACUUACGAGGGCAUCCCCAGGAAGGAAAAGGGGAAAAGGUGCAUGGUGGGAAUGAACGAUCUGUCCUGGAGCCUCCAGCUGGAUGAGCGCCAGCUGAGUGCCUGGCACAACGGCCGCCAGGAGACGGUGGCUGGCCACUCCCACCACUCCCGCAUCGGAAUUCUGCUGGACUACGAGGCUGGAACACUGACGUACUAUGGAGACGGGCAUACGCGGCUGCAUGCCUUCCACUGUGCCUUCACUCAGGAGCUGUUCCCCGCCUGUUGGAUAGGGGAGGGCGUGAGCAUCACCCUCUGCUCGCCAUGACGACAACACGAAAGGGAAUGACCGUGACCUAACAAUCUCUUAUAGGACUAGUCUUGGGAAACUAUAACCCUGUUUAUACCUGGUGCUAACAUGGGUCCUUUGUCCUGAUCUUGCCUACAUUCUGAUUGUGCCUACAUUUCCAGAAAUGUGUCUACAUACAGUAUGCUAUUAAAAUGUGCCUGUUGUUGGUCCAUUGUGUCUCCAUUUUGACCAGAUUUCCUUGUCCCUUUAUGCAAAUUAUUUCACAGCUUUCAAAAUAAUAUUUAUUUAUUGUAAGACACAUAUUGAUGUAAUCAGUCAAUAAUCAGUCAAUGGUGCCACCUGUCAAUGAUUUUAGAGAGUGGAAUAAUUAUGAUUUAAAUGGUUUCUCUGUCCAGAUCUGUCUACACUUGUAAAAUAUCCAGACACUGUUUCUGACUACCUCCAGUCACAAUCAAAUUACAAUGUGUCUUUUUAUUGUCAACACCUGUCUAAAAAUGUGGGCACGAUCAGGAUGUUGACAGGAUCAGGACAAAGGACACAAGUUAAAACCAGGUAAAAACGGGGUUCAGUUAUUUUUCGGGAACCAUAGACAUUGCAUCAUUGUAUCUUUCCCAUUAUGGCGUCUGUGAGAGCACGGAAAAGUCUAAACGGGAUCUUAGGGACGUCCCAACUCUGGCAUCAUUCCGUUGAAUUUUAAACAUUUUGAGUUAGGGUUGGGAGGUAGAUCGUUUUUGGCUGUUUGUGCAUACUUUUUUUUUCUAGAGACAAGCUGAAGUUCGAAGCCGAAGUCUACGCCCCUUUGUCGGUGAUUGGUCAACAGUAGUGAUUUUUCAAUGAAGUGUAUGUUGUCAUUCAACGAGAGAUUAAUUGUUUU